AGGAAGGAUGCGGGCUGGUUCCCACUAAGUCUGCAUAUGGGGACCGACCAGGCUCACUUUCCGGGGACCCAGGCUUUGGGCGGAAGCCAGAGCAAGCCUGUCCUCCCAAGGUGGCCCCGAUUCAGGGCUGUGGGUGGGGAGGGCAGGUGGCUACUCAGGCAUUCCUUAGCCACGGUCUUCUCUUCCCUGAUUGACUAAAGCGACCCCUGUGACAGGAAGCUGUCCAGGUAGCAUCCCUCCUGCCUGAGACUCACCUUUAGGACAGAUUGGAAGCAGGGGAUGGGCACAAGAGGACAGUCAGGAGCCUCCUUAAUUGUGGGGAGGGGCAGUGGGGUGACUCCCCUCUCCUUUUGGCUUGACAGGAAGCAUGGCACUCUGGCGGGCAUACCAGCGGGCCCUGGCUGCUCACCCAUGGAAAGUACAGGUCCUGACAGCCGGGUCCCUGAUGGGCCUGGGUGAUGUAAUCUCACAGCAGCUGGUGGAGAGUCGGGGUCUGCAGGGAUACCAGGCCGGCCGGACCUUGACCAUGGUAUCUCUGGGCUGUGGCUUUGUGGGCCCUGUCAUAGGAGGCUGGUACAGGGUUUUGGAUCGGCUCAUCCCUGGCACCACCAAGGUAGAUGCACUAAAGAAGAUGUUAUUGGAUCAGGGGGGCUUUGCCCCAUGUUUUCUGGGCUGUUUCCUCCCACUGGUAGGGACACUCAACGGACUCUCAGCCCAGGACAAUUGGGCCAAACUACAGCGGGAUUACCCUGAUGCCCUCGUCACCAACUACUAUCUUUGGCCUGCUGUGCAGUUAGCCAACUUCUACUUGGUCCCUCUUCAUUACAGGUUGGCCGUUGUCCAGUGUGUUGCUGUUAUCUGGAACUCCUACCUGUCCUGGAAGGCACAUCAGCUCUAAGUGUGCCUCACUCCAUUGUUUCUGCCUUGCAGUGACUCAGCUUGACCCUGGAAUGGGUCAGACCACUUCCUCGACGCUUUUGUGAGGUUGUGUUGCUGGUCAGAACUUAAUGGGGUUAGCAGUCUGAGAGGGCCCAUUUCACUUUAAAAUGUAAACUGACUCCUUUUGAAAUCACAAAAACCAUUAUAAUGGCCUUAUACCCACCACAUAGUAGGCACUCCCUAAGUAUUUAACUGGAAACCCUUGUGGCACAAUGGUGAAGAGCUAUAGCAACCAAAAGGUCAGCAGCUCGAAUCUACCAAGGGCUCCUUGGAAACCCUGUGGGGCAGUUCUACUCAUGGAGUCACUAUGAGUCAGAAUUGACUUGACAGCAACGGGUUUUUUUUUUUUUAAGUAUUUAACUGUCUUGAUCAUGGCACCUUUAUUUCACCCCCAUAUCCUAGCAAAUGCCCCUCCUCCGCACUCUACAUACACAGCCCUAGUGUAGCUCCAGCCCUUUGGGACCCCUCCAACCCUGUGAAUACAUUUUUAGGUAUGUAGUCUGGGACCUGCAGUCAACAAGUAAGGCUAAUCAGAAAACUAUUGGAGAGUCAAAAUUCCUAGAGCUGGAAAGCCCAGAGACUACCAAGUCCAAUCUUCUUUUGCAAAUGAGAACACCAAGUCUCAUAUAAGUGAGAUGACUGGCCACAUCAUUAGCUAGUGACAGAGUAGAAAUUUGAACACAAGUUUCCUUACUUUCUACUCAGUGAUCUUAACUUGAAAGUCUAAUGUAUGUAAUACUGCUAUUUUGAUUCCCAAGAGCAAAAUUAAACUUGGCUAAGUUACCACUUUGGGCAAACUCAGAAACAAAUGGACUGUGUGUGUGGGGGGGGGGUAUAAAACCACCCUGAGGCCAGAGGCCCUCUUACAUGGUGCCUCCAUCAGGCAGCCCUACAAUUUAGAUUCUGGGACUAGUAGAUCAAGGAUCCUACAGACUUUAGCUGCAACAGAUCCGGUGCCUUAUUCUCCUCUGGCUGGGUCCCAGAGUGGUAGCUGAGUGUCAGCGGUGCGCCCCUCAUUGCCUCAGUUUGUGAAACUGAUAGCUGGGCUCCCAAUGCAUAAGGCCCUUUCUAGAUGGGGAGAACAGGUCAGCACCAUGGACAGCCCCUAGGUCCCACCUCCCUUUCGCGUGCUAGAGAAGACGCGUCUCCCGGCUAGUCUGGUCUGGGGUCGGGCUGACUGUUCUAAGCAGAGCGAAGGAAUCCUGUUUGUACCAGAGUAAUUCUUUACGCCCGGACCGCCUUCUCGCUCUCCCGAGUGCGGUGCCGCAUUCCUGCGCUCCUUCCAGCGCUCACCCAAAGACUGGAAGUGUGUGUCCAAAGGCACGCCCGUCGGGGGGCUCACGGGACUCAAGCUGCCGCCGUCAUUGCUUCUACAAUCAGUGGAUGUUCUUCGCUGACGUCAGUAGGAGCAGUCCUGGCGCUAUAUAAGGCUGGCGGCGGUCCCGGGACAGACCCCGCUCUCCCCAAGGCGCCCACAGCCCGGCCCUGGGGACAGAGACCGGAGCUCCGUCUUACUUCGUGCAGACGCUCUGCGACAACCUGUGAGUGGCUCGGAGCCUCCGCUGAGAUCCCCUCAGCACCAGGACUGCGCUCAGCUCGCUCGCCGCGACCGCCAAGUGGGAGGAAGGGUGGGACAGGGCAG